AUCCACAGCCACGACCAAGAAGCUUACUAUGAGAAAUCAAGGGCACGUUUUAAAGACGUUUAAUAUGCACUCUCACAAGAGAUUUUUAUUGUCAUUGAUUUGAAUCAAUUCGAUGUAUAAACCAUAGUUUAACUCUUUUAAACAAAAACUUUUUGGAACUGCAACAGAACUGGAUGACAAAUUGGUACAGUUUGUCCGUGUGUUACUCAUUUCGCCUUUUACACGAGCUCAGUAAUUGAGUAGAUUUUUGCUUUCGUGUCAUCAGAUUUAAAUAAAGGAAUAACAAUCAGACCAUACAACAAUCUAAAUAAAACACUUUCAUCGGCACGCAAAUCUUGUUUGUACGUGUGUGUGAUCACGGUUAUUAAAAAUCAUGAAUUCGUUCAAUCGGAGACGUCAGCUUUGCUUUGCACUUAACCUAACCUUGAGAAACCAUUGGCUUGYAUCUUCGAACUUUCAGUGAAAAAUGUCUUUAAAUAUUUGUGCACUCGGUACUAAUCUCAAAGUAAAUGUUUGCAUUCAAGGAUAACAGUUAUUUCCUUAAGAACGAAAACAUAUUUGAACUGCAUGUCAUUUUUGCAGUACAGAGUGCAUGCUUAGUUCACGAGAUCAAAAAAGCGGGUGCGGUGAUGGCAAAUCAUAACCUGGCUCAGUCAACUGUUAUUUAAUAGAAUCUACUUUGAUAUCCCGGCUUAAUGCAAGCUAAUUGGUUACAUGAAGUUUUUAUAGUGCUGUGGUAAUUUAUUUGACACUACUAAAAAAUGUCCAGAUAGCCUGUGGCUUACUUUGUAUUAUAUCUGAGCUUAAUUCGUAUUAUUAAAAACUAUUUCGGACUGACUUGACUACAUGCCACGAGUCAGUGCCGUCCAUGUUGUUCAAAUCAAGGUCCAUAUUCAAAUCAACAUGAUCAAGGGCAUCGGCUUAUUUGUGRCGUCAUGSAAAUGACGUUCCAAUGCACGACCUUGGAUUGCGAAGUGUUGUUAACAUGCAAGGUCGAAUCUAAGCUUGUAUAUACCGACUUAACUGAGAGCCAUURCAUUUUUUUGUUAUUCUUAUUCAAGUAUAUAUUCCAAGUGCGUCUUCAGCUGCAGUUGACUUGGUCGACGCGAGCGACAAGUGCGUGUGGACGAUUAUCAAGUAUAAAUAUGGAAGUAGCAAUUAGCGUGCCACCGACGCUACACUGAUUUAGCGUAAACAAGCACCGCCCACUUUUCAGUUCCUACUGAGUGUCAGGAAAACCAUUCUAGCUAGUUUCAGAACAACUAGUCGAAAACUAUAACCUUAACUAGCGGUGUCAUAUGUUGUUAUGUUGAAAUGCUUUGAUGUGGAAUGGCGGUGUUUAUGCCAUCUCUACUGACCCAUUUCUUCAGUCCCGGUUGACCUAACUGUUUUUCAAUCGUUGGCUAUAAUUAGCACCACAAGGCAAACACUAAUGCCAUGAUGUUUGUCCAACUUUUCAGACGGCGCCGGUUCUUGUAUAAUCUCUGACGUUCUACCUUUAAUGCCAAAAGUUCACAAAGAAUUUUGUUGAAACGGAAAACACUGCACUAAUCGUAACUAAUUAAACAAUGAAGUACUAAUGACUGUAGUUUUAUAACUCGUCGAGAAUUUUAGGGCUUUUGAUGGUGCUUGUCUGUCGGUCAAAACUGAAAACUUCACUUUGAAGUCUAUUUUUUAUUGUGCUCGGGUAUGUUUUUGCAUCGUGUUCCCUCACCUUUCCAMAGAUUUAAUCAAGUGUUAAGGCAAAUUAAUGAGAAAAUGAUAGCAGUUUGUUUGUUAUUCAUCAGAUUGUAUGCCGUCUUCCAAAAGCUGUGACUAAAAUUCUUCAAAUUAUCAUUCUCGUUCUAUUUGAUUUUUAUGUCUAUYURUGUUUGUUGCUCCAUUGGUAUUCAGAUUUAAGCUGUMCCCGACCAAUGGCUGUUUGCGGUUGUUUACAACGAAACGCGUCUCGGGUUGUUGACGUCUUGGGCACAAGAUCAAUUGCCAAAUAAUAAGCACAUUUUACAAAGACGUGGACAAAGCUGAGUCAACCAGGUGGAUUUGCUCUAUGUGUUUUGAUCCGAACAAUAUACAUUGGCUUAACGAGGUGCCGAAUCACUUUCAAUUGCAGGGCUGCUGCAUUGUUGUGUAACAAUUUGCUCAGUUUGAGUCAAGUGUUUUUAAAAGUUCUUACUGCUGAAAAAAAAACUUCAUUCAGAGAAUUUAUUUUAUCAAUUCAAGUUGUCUGAAGAGUUUUUAACUAAAAUCUCCAUGUGCACUAUGAAUUGUCACGUUUUUAUGUUGUAAAUAUUGUUUYCGUUAAAGUCCUGUGGUCUAUACUUCUGAUAGUACAUAUAUAAACGUUAUUUUCUAAUCAAAAAAUGUAUUCAUUAAAAUUAAUCAUUAAAACCUCUGMCAAAAAGUACUCGAGCAUUUGCAAUGCCUCGGAUGAGAUCUACUUUUAAAAUGAUCAUAUCAUAUUUUUAGUCAUUGAAUUACUGUAAAAAAAGAGCAAUAGACUGUCUAUUGCUGUAACAUUAUUCGAGAACUGGCCAGCUUGAUAAUGAAUUUCAAAGUCAAAACGCCGCACCUGAGGAACGAUUCUUCAUUGGCUCAAUAGGGCAAACACAAAAAACCGCCGUUUUGCCAUCUGAAUUACAGUGAAUAAAAAGUUCUGUUUAGCUGACUACUUUGAAGCCGUGCAAUAGAAUUGCUUGUUGUGAUGGCUGAAUGACUUUUUCCUCAGUAAUAUGUCACGUACUCYGCUCUUUGCCUUUUGGAGGAUUACAGAAGCUAAGAUUAAAGCAUUUAUUAUCUUAUAAAUAGUCAUUGAUUUGGGCAUUGUUCGACAAUUGAAAGAUCACUGCUUAUAAUAUUCAUUGCAGACGAUAAUGCUGGAGUAGUUCCAGUCAUACAAAAUCUUAUCAGAGUUUGGUCAACUUCAGAGUUCAAAAUGUUCGAUGUGACACAGCGUKAUGUCACGUCUUCUUAGGAAAGCGUGUUUACCUUGUUACAAGCCCCUGAUGGCUGCACAAUCAACUUGACCUUCAGAUGUUGUUUUGAAGCGCAGUGGAGCGAGUCAGGCUUAACGCUCACCUUGGACUGACGAGAAACCACUUCAUAAAAGUUGUCAAAGAACGGAUUGAUGGGUAGGGUCACUGGACCGUGAAUAUUCCAUAUAUAAUGCACACUGUAAUCACGAUCCCGCAUUUGAUUUCUUUGCUCACCUAACGACGAGACGGACACUYGGAUAUCCAUUGAAACACACAAGCAUAAGGACCUAGACUAGUAAAACAGCAGGAUGACAUCAGUGUUCCAAGAUAACAUUUUUCUCUUGUAUAUCGUAACUUUUGUGACAGCGGCGUGCGUCGCGAUGUACUUUUUGACAAGAAGACGAGAGCAGCUUCUUCCUCCUGGACCGUGGAGUCUUCCAGUAGUUGGAAACAUUUUCCUAUUUGGUUCCUCACCUCACAAGAAUGUCACCAAACUUGCAAAGCAUUACGGCGACGUGUUUUCCAUGAAACUCGGCAGUCGUGAUGUCGUGCUUUUAAACUCCGUCGAUGUUGUGAAAGAAGCACUUGUCAAACGCGCUUCAGAUUUCUCUGGAAGGCCACCUUUGCAUACCUUCCUCGUUUCCAGCAAUGGUGGGAGAAACGUAGCAUUUACAGACUUCGGAUCCAAGUACACACAAAACCGACGAGCCCUUGACCAAGCAUUACAAGUAUUGACGAAAGACAGUGAGGUGUUUUCGGAAGUUGCUCAAUACGAAGCUGAGGCACUUGUGCAGAACYUACUKAGCUGUCAGAAGGAAAAAUUCAACCCAGAAAAACACAUCUUGUCUCUGUCAGCCAGCUUUAUGAUGAGAAUGUUCUUUGGUGCUCAUAUUCGUGACAAGUACCUCGGAGAAGGUCGUGAUCUCAUGACUGGAUCUACUGAAUUCAUCGAAAACAGCGCGGCAGGAAAUACAGUGGACUUCAUGCCAUGGGUGAAAACUGUAUUUCGCAAGCAGGUAAAGGAGGUGGAUGAUUCCGUAMGAAGUCUGGUGCAGUUUGUUAAGAAAAUUUACCUAUUGCGAUUGAACAGUGCUGACUCCAAGGAGAAUCUUGUUGUUCUUACUGACCAUCUCAAGAAUCUCGUAACAGCCCGAAGAACUGAAAAAGAACAAGGAGUGUCUACUGAAGAUCCCAAGGCGGCGGUCCCAAAUGUCGACUUUGACGAUGAUCAUGUUGUGCAUCUAAUUGCUGACUCCUUUGGCGGUGGAUACGAGAAAUUGUCCACUGCUAUGCGAUGGAGUUUUGCUUAUCUUGUAGCCUAUCCCGAAGUACAGGAACAACUCUAUAAAGAAAUCCAGCACGUCAAAGGGUCAGAAAAAAUCACUUUAAACGACAGGAAAAAGUUACCUCUUCUUGAAGCCACUAUAAUGGAAGUUCUUCGACGAAGUUGCUUCUUGCCAUUCGCUUUGCCUCAUUGCACUAUUAAAGACACUCAGAUUCAAGGUUACAAGCUUCCAAAGAACACUAUUGUAUUUGUAAAUCUUUGGUCUUGUUGCCAUGAUCCUAAAUACUUUGAGGAGCCUUUCAAAUUUAAUCCCAUGCGUUAUCUGGACAAGAGACAGCAAAGUAUCAAGCCAAACCCUUGUAUGAUGGCAUUAUCUGAAGGUGAUAGGAAGUGUCCAGGAGAAGGCUAUGCUAAGUCUGCACUCUUUGUGUUGCUUGGAACUGUCAUUCAAAAGUUGAAAUUGCGCAACGGGACAGAAGAACCGAUUGAAGAGAAAUUUGGACUCACGUUAAGACCCAAAGGAACUACUAUUUAUGUUGAAUGCAGAUCAUAAAGUUAGUCUCUUAACUGAAACGCAGUCAUGACAGUUGACGACGUGAACUUUGCAUUAUUGCAUACAAAGAGAASAAAAUGAGGAGUUAAAGAAAUGACAAACAACCUGACAAAUGGGAUACUAAGAAAUGAGUUAUUAUUUCAGAAACUUUUGUAGAAAAAUCUUGAAUUGUUGAACAUUUGACUGAAACAAAGGAAAAUCCAUUGUUUCAUCAACGAAAGAUCAUCUGCAUCUGGAUCCCCAUACAAUGCACAAACAAGUUGGUAUUUCUACMGCGGAAACAUUGCUAUAUCAAAUCAGAAUAGAGAUUUUAAAACAUUAUUAUCAAACCGAAUAAUAUUUGAUYAUAAGAAAAAAAGGUUGAAAAUUUGUACCAACGAAGGAGCAAUACUAUUGCAUCUGGAAAUCUUUGUGUAAAGAACUAAUUAUUUUAGAUCAUUUUAURCUGAGUACCUAGUAUAUCAAAGAGUGGGCGUGUUUAGAUAUCUACUUAAUGAUUCCAUAUUUCAUCGCCGUUUAUGUAGUUGUCAAUGUAAUAUUUGUAUUGUAAAGUUCAGUGAUUUUUUAGCUAAAAAUACUUUUAAUUAUAAAAACUUGAUUUUUAAGUAAAGCAUUAAAUACCUCAUGUUUCUAUUUCCACCGGUUUUUGUGACCUAUUUUUCUAAUUGACGUUUAAAGGCCUACAGGCACGUCUGCAUACCAUACUUGWCUAUGCUACCUUUUAUAGAUCGUUAAGUUCGUUUACCUCUCAUGCACUUGAUAUUCGAAUAUAGAUACAACUGCAUGCCACUGGCACUGUGCCACGUACGUCGCUACUUCAGAUUUUACGCUUGAAAAACGAAAUUUCUUACAUUCAAGAUAAAGCAAGAUAUGAGUAAUGGCUGAAUUAGAAUUUAAAAGGAUGGGGAACUCAUAGCCUGGAGUAUACCGUCAUGCAGACUUCUGAACGGCAGACUG